AAAUAAAAGUAGGAAGAAUUUCAAAGAAGAUAUUUUCUAAUCUUUCUUGAUAUUGUAUAGUAGUGAAGAUGGCCAAACUAUCGAUCUUCAAAGUAGUAUGGAAUAUUCAAGUAAGCAAUAAGAUAUUGUGUAAGCAUCAUCAUCAUCAUCAUCAUAGUCGUCGAUCAGCUUCCAUGGCCCCAGUACCAAUUUCUCUCAUCAAAGUUGGGAAAAUUGAUGAUGUCCAAGAACUGAGAAAGGCUAAGUCUAAAAUCCCAGAAAGAUUUGUAAGAGACAAAACUGAGAGGCCAGCAGUAGCCACUGCUGCAUCAUCAUCUAGUAACAUUCCCAUUAUAGAUUUCCACAAGCUUUCAAAUGGUACUAAAGAUGAAGUUCUAAGUGAGCUUUUACAGCUCUCAACUGCUUGUGAUGAGUGGGGUUUUUUUCAGGUGAUAAAUCAUGGAAUUGACCAGAGUUUGGUAGAGCAAAUAGAGAAGGUAUCCAAGGGGUUUUUCAUGCUGCCUUUGGCUGAGAAGCAGGAGUAUGCCAUGGCUCCUGGGACUAUUCAGGGCUAUGGACAGGCUUUUGUGUUCUCAGAGGACCAAAAGCUAGACUGGUGCAACAUGUUUGCCCUUGGGGUUGAGCCAAAGUUUAUAAGAAGCCCAAAACUAUGGCCAAAAAACCCUGCUAAGUUCAGUGACACUGUGGAUCUUUAUUCAAAAGAAGUAAGGAAGCUAUGCCAAAGUCUUUUGAAAUAUAUAGCUAUGACUCUUGGCUUGAAGAAAGAUAUCUUUAAUGAGAUGUUUGGUGCGGCUGUCCAAGCCAUAAGGAUGAACUAUUACCCACCAUGUUCAAGACCCGACCUUGUUUUGGGUCUAAGCCCACAUUCAGAUGGAAGUGCCCUAACAGUUCUCCAAGAAAGUAAAGGCAGCUCAGUGGGACUUCAAAUCUUUAAAGACAACAAGUGGGUUUCAGUUCAGCCCAUCUCAAAUGCCCUUGUGGUCAACAUUGGAGACACUAUAGAAGUUCUUACAAAUGGAAGGUACAAGAGUGUGGAACACAGAGCUGUGACUCACAAGCAAAAAGAUAGACUUUCAAUAGUCACUUUUUAUGCUCCUAGUUAUGAAAUAGAGAUUGGACCUUUGGCUGAAUUGGUGGAUGAAAACAAUCCGUGCAAGUAUAGAAGAUACAAUCAUGGAGAGUAUAGUAAACACUAUGUGACAAACAAGUUACAAGGCAAGAGAACACUGGAAUUUGCCAAGAUUCAAACCAACAAUCCAAACUAAGCCAACCCCAUGUUGAGAUUAUUGUUACCCAUCAUUAUUAGCAUAGUUAAAAAAACAAAUAACAUUAUAUGAGAAACUAGAAUGUUUUAGUUGUUCCCUUAAUCUUGCUUGUAAAUACGGAAAAAAAGAAGAGGGUUUUCAGUUCUUGCUAAUUUCAAUGUGAACAACACUGUUUGUGGGUGCAACUGUGUUCUAAAAAUCUUACCAAUUAAUGAAAGCUUUGUGAGGUCUUGUGCUUA